AUGUGGUGCCGCCCCUGGCUGCCCGCCUGCCUGGCCUGGGGCUGUGUGGCCGCGCUGUGCGGCUCCCGCGGGUUCUGCCCGGCCCCGAACGCCUCCCGCCCCGAGCUGGGGCAGUGUCCGCGGCGCCGGCCAGCGGAGCUCUGCGCCUGGGCCCUGUCCUCCGACAGCCUCCUAGAUCCUUUUCCAAUUGAUGUGAUCCAAGAAAAUUAUGUCCGUAAUGUGAGAAACUGCAUUUUUUCAGUUGUCUAUCCUACACCUUUUAAAUCUAGAGUUCAUCUUGUAGCUGUUUCAAAGGAUGUUCUUGAAAAUAUUUUGGAUCUUGAUAUAUCUGUCAAAGGAUCAUCUGAAUUUCUGGAGUUCGUCAGUGGUGGGAAAGUGAUAUUUGGGUCUGUUCCAUUGGCCCAUAGGUACGGGGGUCACCAGUUUGGUAGCUGGGCAGGUCAGCUGGGGGAUGGAAGAGCCCACUUGAUCGGAGUGUACACAAACAGGCAUGGUGAGAGGUGGGAACUGCAGUUAAAAGGGUCAGGAAAGACCCCAUACUCCAGGAAUGGCGAUGGAAGAGCUGUUCUUCGCUCUUCUGUUCGAGAGUUUUUAUGUAGUGAGGCCAUGCACUAUCUUGGAAUUCCUACAAGCAGAGCUGCUAGCUUAGUUGUAAGUGAUGAUGAUGUGUGGAGAGACCAGUUUUACGAUGGAAAUAUUAAGAAAGAAAGAGGUGCAAUAGUGCUACGACUUGCCAAAUCAUGGUUUCGAAUAGGAUCCUUGGAAAUCUUAGCUCAUUCUGGGGAACUGGACUUACUAAGGAGAUUGCUAGAYUUUAUUAUCCAGGAACAUUUUCCAUCAAUAGCUAUGAAUGAUUCAAAUAGAUAUCUGGAAUUUUUCUCUACAGUCGUGUCAGAGACUGCAAAUCUCAUUGCYUUGUGGAUGUCUGUGGGGUUUGCACAUGGUGUUUGCAAUACAGAUAACUUCAGUUUAUUAUCCGUAACAAUAGAUUAUGGUCCAUUUGGAUUUAUGGACUCCUAUGACCCAAAUUUUGUUCCAAACACAUCUGAUGAUGAAAGAAGGUAUAAAAUAGGAAAUCAGGCAAAUGUUGGGCUGUUUAAUCUCAGCAAGCUGUUACAMGCUCUGAAACCUUUAUUGGAUCCCAGGCAAAACCAGCUAGCUUCCCAGAUUUUGGAGGGGUAUGGUGAGCACUAUUACAGCCGUUUCACAGAACUAUUCAAAAGAAAAUUGGGUCUUCUUGGGGAGAAUGAGAAUGAUAAUUAUUUGAUUGCUUUCCUCUUAAGAAUUAUGGAAGACACAAAGGCUGAUUUUACAAUGACAUUCCGAGAGCUGAGUGAAAUUACUGCAGACCAGUUAAAGGAGCUUCAUAUUCCUGAGGAGUUUUGGGCUCUCCAGGAUCUGGGUAAACACAAAUUAUUUUCAGAAUGGGUUACCAUGUACCUCCUGAGAUUAAACAGCAACAAGGAUGAUUCAGACACCAAAAGAAGAACAAGAAUGACAACUGUUAAUCCUAGAUACAUACUUAGGAAUUGGAUGGCAGAAUCAGCAGUGCAAAAAGCUAAUUUGAAUGACUUCUCAGAGGUUCGACUCCUAGAGCAGGUUUUACAACACCCCUUUCAGAGGCAGGGGGCUGCAGAGAGAGCAGGGUACUCCCUGCGCCCCCCAGCUUGGGCCAAACAUCUGAAAGUCAGCUGUUCAUCCUGAGGGAAAUUCAAACAGGCAAGAAAAACCAUCAAGGUCAAAGCUCAWGCCUUCAAAUGGGGUUAAUGGACCAAGCCACAGGAACUUCUCUCCCUUAUGCUUUGUGGACUGGAAUCUGCUGCUGUUCUUGACUAAUUUAUGAAGUCUUAAGAUUAAAGAAAUGCAUCACUCUGYAUGGUUGCAUCAGCAAAUUAUAUUGGCAUUGACAACUCUGUCUUCCACACUGAGCUGUGCAUUACUUUGAGUCCCAAUAUUUAAGUUCUGCCAAACUGUCACACUUAACCUCUCAGAAUUCAUGGCUGAUCAGGGGGGUCCCAAUAGCUUUUAGUGACUGAUCAAUUGAAAAUCCAUCAAAGCUAGUUUUAAUAAUGCAGUAUUUUGAUGAUUUUUCCUCUUGCUGUUAMACACUGGUCAGAUACAGUUGUAUUCUGCAGACAUAAAUGUUCUUAAGGCUUGCAGACCUGCCCCAGAGACUCAUGUUAGACCUUGACACCUUUUCUCUUUCUGAUCGUGUUCUGUCCCAUUAAAUUGAUACGAUUUAAAGGAAAUUCAGUUAAAUAGCAAAAAUGUCUGUCUUGGAAGUGACUUACUAAGGAGUAAGUUUUAGUGUCUUUGCAGUGUCAGGUGCCUAUCCAGAGGACCACUGCUCUUUGAAAGUAUCUUUUGAUAGUAGAAAGAUUAUUGUUGCAUAGAUAAAAAGUCUCAGGAAAAAUUCAGUGUUUGGUCCGGAUAAGGACUGUCUCAGAAGCAUCUCACUAUGUAUCUAGUCAGGUCAAUAUACCUGAGAAAAAUCUUGCAGGGAAAGUAAAAUUCUACUGGAGCUGUUACACAGAAGUCCUCUGAGUAAGAGGGACUAUUCUCAGAGUCGUGGGUCUUGUUAUUUAUUAUUAUUUGAUACUGUAGUUCCACAAARCUUUAAGUGUAUAAUUAAGCUAAAAUUAAUACAUCAGCUAGAAAAAUUACACAAAAAAAAUCUAAUUUGGGGGCUUUGUUACUUCUUGAUGUUACCUUGUAUAUUCUUCAUGUUACCUUGUAUAUUCAAAUCCAAAAUGAAUUGUUUUAGGAUCUUCAAAUUUUUGGGUGCCACUUGAUUCUCAAAUACAGGCUAUUAGGUAUACAAUCAUCUCUUUCUAGAAAUGUGGGAAAAAAGUUUAUUAUUAGAAAUCUUUCAGGGACUAAAAAAUAUUUGAAUGCCUUUGCUACUUAACUAGAAUCAACACAAUUAUUCAGGAUGGUUUCCCCUCAGAUAUACAGCUGUUGGAAUAGAAAUGCAGUUGUUGAACUGUAAAUAGUAGUGUCAUAAURGGGGGCACAAUACAGGUAUUUAAAUACAGUUUUCUGAAAAUUCAGUCUAAGUUUGAGCAUCAGAUGUACACAAGAUCAGCCUGGGUUUGCCUUCCUGCCAUUCCUGGGAUUGUGUUUGAGCUGGCAGCAGCUCCAGGCCAAAGGUGUGGGCUGCCUGUGGAAGCCCCUCAGCUCUGGGCUGUGCUGCUGCCUACUGAAACCCUGCAUUGGUGUCUCUUGUGGGAUAAUGCCAAACACAAUGGUGUUGUGAGGGAGUGUGUGAAAAUCAGCAUUGCCACCUGAGGAGGAGUGGGUCACACUCAAGUAAGUGAUGAUGUAAAGAACAUAUUGUAUUUGCAGGGUAAAUGCAGCAGCAUUGCAGCUUGGGCCCUGGUUUUCCAGUUAGAGAAAGGCAARAACUCCAAUUUUGUUUAACCAAACAUCUGAGAACUUUCUGUUGUAUGUGGGCCAAAUAUGGGUUUUGCCUGUGCGUCUUUACCUCAUGGAAUAACUGCAUAAAUACAAAACAUUUCUAUACUGCUUUUUCCUUCCAAGUGUUUUAUUCAUGUUAAAUCUUCUYAGUGGCAAGUGGGCUUCUGCUUUUCUCAUAGUUACAGUAAGGAAAGCCUCCAGCAUCACAAGAUGGAACUAGAAUAGCCCAAAAAAUGAGCUUUAUCACAAGCAGUAGCAUGUUCUGCUCCUUGUGCCCCCUAUGACACUUUCCAGGUUCUUACAAAAUAUCUGAAAGAAUGAAGUGAGCCCUGAAAAUUGGUUUCCCAUAUUCCUCUGGCUGCAGAGAGUAGGUCAGCUAUUUCUCCUCUCCAGGAGUUCGUUCAUGGACUUGGUCAUGUCUGCCUGGUUUUAUGUGAAGGCAAAUCUUCAUUUUCUUUCCCCUAGUUUUACCAUAAGUUUAUAACGUGGUUUUAGUAACUAUUCUGAUUUCGUAAUAGUCAAUACUGACUGUUAAAGGGGAUCAAACUGUUUGAGCCUGUUCUGCAAGACCAUGAGAAUUGUAAAGMCUUAAUGAUACCAAAUCUUCUGUGUUCUGCUUGUUUCCCUCAAACAGUAACUGGAAAAUGUGUAUUCUGGGAGUCAGUAAGUAAUAGUUCAGUCCUGCAGUUAAGCCCUAAUCCAUUUAAGUUUCUACUUUUCCACUCUUGAAGUGCCCAGCAAAGAGUGCGUGAAAAAUGUAAAACGUAUGGUUAUCCCAAAACUACCUUCAAACUGUAUUUUGUACAACAUGAGAAAUGAGCCCACAUUGCACUCAGCAUUUUCUACCACCUCCCUUUCCACUUCUACAUCAUUAUGGUUUAUGAUGACAAUGUAAACAUUAAUACCAUGUUUCAUGAUCUAUUUCCUGAAAAUCCUUGKCUUCCACCUGCUGUUCUGAAACUGCCUCAUCUUUCAUGUUACAUAAACAGAGCAGUGAUGCAAGGACUGGGGAAUAACUAAAACACUGAGGCUGGUAAUCAAACAGGGACUUCUUUGUGCUCUCAUCCUCUUUUUCUGUUAGAGGGCAGUGACAAAGGGGCAGCAGUGCUGAUCCCCCAAAAGGACUUUUCCACAUGACUCUAACCUUUCCAGUCCUAAGGACUGAUGGAAAAGUGAUUGCUUGAAGUAGGUCCUUCUUCCUCCAUAUCAGUGGUACAAGAGCCCAAAGGAAAUGACAGCUGUGGAGACURCUUCCAUUUCAGGUAUGGAGAAAGGUUAAAAAUAACAUGCUGCAAUGUCAGAUCUUUGCAGGCUAAAAUACAGUAAGUUCUAGUGAUGUACAGACCAUUUAUGUAGUAAUACAUUAGGUAGUGGUGAAAGGAUUAAUUUUCUUUUACAAACAAUUUGAAUUACAGCAUUGGAACAUCUUUUUGUAUUUUGCAGCUUAUUUUGGUACAAGAUCAAGCCAGAUAAUUGUUGUAUCAAUAGGAGGCAGCUUUGUUCUUUGAAUGGAGUUUAAAUCUUACAUUUGAUAAAUUCAAUGUAACCAUGUACCUACACAAAAUAGUUGAUAGAGGUCUAAUCAUCACAGCAUUUUACUUGAUUUCUGGAAUUUUCUGUAGGCUUUGAUUCUUUUUUUGUUUUGAAGAAAGUUCAACUUCUUUUGUGUAAGAUUAAGUGCAUGAAUUAUGACUGCAGAUGUAAAAUGUAUAAAAUUGAUUUUAUUGUGUUGUAACAAAAGAGAAGGCAGGGAAUAGGGUGRGAGGCUGAGAGUUCUGGUGAGAACAGUGAAUGCUAGAAAAGCCGUGUUGAAGUCUUAGUGAAUUUUGACCUUACUGUGCAACAUUUUUCUAAGGACACAUUCUGCUUUAUUUUGAUGCUGGGUGUGUAUUUCAUAAAAUUAAUCUGAUUUAAAAAUAGUUGACUAGCAGACAGUGUUGUCACCUAAAUAUGUCAAAAAUAUGUACU